CAAAUGAUGGCCUUGUCAAAGCUGACAUGGAGAAGCUGACCUUCUAUGCGGUUUCGGCUCCAGAUAAACUAGAUCGAAUAGGGAAAUAUCUUGCGGAACGGCUCAGUCGGGAUGUUGUCAGACACCGAUAUGGGUAUGUUUUCAUUGCAAUGGAGGCAUUGGACCAGCUUUUGAUGGCUUGUCAUUCCCAAAGCAUUAACCUCUUUGUUGAAAGCUUCCUUCAAAUGGUGGCCAAACUACUGGAGUCUGGAGAACCUGAGCUUCAAAUUCUUGGCUCCAAUUCGUUUGUCAAGUUUGCAAACAUUGAGGAAGACACUGCUUCAUACCACAGACGCUAUGACUUCUUUGUGUCUCAGUUCAGUGCAAUGUGCCACUCUUACAUUGAUGAUCUGGAGAGCAGAACAAAGAUCAGGAUUGCUGGUAUCAAGGGUAUUCAAGGGGUUGUGCGGAAAACCGUCAAUGAUGAGCUGCAGACUAUAAUAUGGGAACCUCAGCAUAUGGAUAAGAUUGUUCCUUCACUUCUCUUCAAUAUGCAAACAACAGAGGACCCUGACAGUCAGAACAACCCUCCCUCAAUAUCAAGAAGUGCAGAUAAAGAUGAGGACCCUGCUGCUCUCGCAGAGAGUUGUUUUCGUGAACUACUGGGACGUGCAGCCUAUGGGAACAUGAACAAUGCCAUCAGACCUGUUCUAAUUCAUUUAGACAACCAUCAGCUCUGGGACCCAAAUGCAUUUGCUGUUUCCUGUUUCAAAAUUACAAUGUAUUCUAUACAGGCUCAGCAUUCUCAUCACGUCAUUCAGCAGAUUCUUCGACAUCUGGACACUCACAACAAAGAUUCUCCAAGGGUCCGAGCAGGCAUUGUACAGGUCCUUUUAGAGACUGUGGCUAUAGCAGCCAAAGGUUCUAUUGGUCCAACUGUUUUGGAGGUAUUUAACACAUUGUUGAAACACUUGCGACUCAGUGUUGAUUUUGAGUUAUCCGGUGAAUGUAGUUCUCCUGGUGGUUUUUCGACAAGCAAUGAUGAGAAAUUAGUUCAGGAUACAAUUAUCCAGACUAUUGGCUUUUUUGGGAGUAGUCUUCCAGAUUAUCAAAGAUCAGAAAUUAUUAUGUUUAUUAUGGGGAAGGUACCCAUUUUUGAUGCUGGAUCACAUUCACUGGAAGCCAGUAACUGUGGAGAUCGGGGGACAAGAGCCAUUCAAGUCAUGCUUCUCAGAUCUCUACUUAUGGUGACUUCAGGAUAUAAGGCUAAAAGUAUAGCAGCUGCCCUUCCAUCUCCAUUUUUAGACCCAAUCCUAUCUGUUUCACUAAUGGAAGAUAGUGAGCUAAGGCAGCUUGUAUUGCACAUUCUACAUAGUCUCAUUGAUCGUCAUGAAAACAAGGCAAAAAUCAAAGGAAUGAGAGUCAUCCCCGAUGUUUCAGCAUUGAAGAUAAAAAGAGACAAGAGCUCAAAGCAAGACAUUAGUUUUAUGAAAAAGCAAGGACAGCAGCUAUACAGACACAUUUAUAUGGGUUGUAAAGAAGAUGAUAAUGAACAGAAAAACUUUGAAUCUCUUUUUGUUGCUCUUUUGCUCAUCACCAUUGAACUGGCCAAUGACGAGGUCAUCAUAGACUUGAUUCGGCUUGCUCUUGGUAUACAGGACUUAGCUGUUACUAAUGAAGAUAACUUACCUGUGUACAAUCGUUGUGCCAUAUUGGCUCUGGUGGCUGCAUACUUGAACUUUCUGAGUCAGAUGAUUGCAGUGCCAGCUUUCUGUCAACAUGUUAAUAAGGUGAUUGAAGUGAGAAGCAAAGAGGCAUCAUAUCUUUUGCCUGAAUAUAUCUGCAGAGAAAAGUACGGAUUGCCCAAAACCCUCGAGAUACAAGACAAAAGUUGUCUUUUCUUGCAAAACAAGAUUGCAGAUGCGCUGGCUGGCAGUGGCUACAGUGUGGAGAGGCUGUCAGUGCCAUAUGUACCCCAACUUACAGAUGAAGACAGAAUAUCCAGAAGAAAAAGCAUUGUUGAUACUGUAUCAAUUCAAGUCGAUCUUCUUGGUGACAAUGUGCAACAGGAUAAGACCAAGAUAGUUGAAGAAAUCACCUUUGAAACACUGAAGAAAGCCAUAGAUAGCCAAAAUCUUGAAGAACAAGAAAGAGAAAAGCGACGCCAAGUAAUUGAAAAGUUUCAGAAAGCACCAUUUGAGGAGAUUGCAGCUCAGUGUGAAUCCAAGUCAAACCUGCUCCAUGACAAACUUACAGAGAUAUUUGAACUAACAAUAAGCAGGCCACCUCCAAGCCCUUCAGGAUCCAUGAGUGUUGCAGCUGGCCAUGUACAAUACCAUUCCAUUCCAGUCUACGAAAUGAAAUUUCCAGACCUAUGUGUUUAUUAGCCACUGUUUUGGCCAUCACAAGGUGACAGAUAAUGAAGCAUAUGUCAUUUCGAAGAUCAAAACGCCUACGGGAGGACAUUAAGUUUUCCACUGAUUACGUUAUGUCUCAGAAGAGUGUUCAAGUGGAUCAAUUUCUCUAAAUCAGUUGAACCAUGUUAGGGCUAGUUGAACUGAAGUUCACUGUGAUAUAUAGUCCUUGGUGUAUAGAAUAUGUUAGGGUGUCAGUAUCAUGUAGUGCAAGAAUUCAUUUGAAAGUUUACUAUUUUUUUGAAGGGAUAAAUUAUAUAAAGUUCAUGCCUUGCAAGAGGUCCAACAGACGAGUAGUGAUUGUUAAUAUUGCAAGAGCAAUUAAGAACAAAUCUAUGCAUGGCAUUUGUUUUUCAUUCAAGAAAUAGGAAUAUCACAAAAGAUUGGACCUUAUCAAUGCAAAUGAACGAGCUUAAAUUUUUAUCUAUCACAUUCCUGUUAACUAGAAUUAUUUUUAGUGAAUUUUGUAAUUUUUCUUCAGCAUUCCAAUCUUGCCUCAUUUAAAAAAAACUUGUUUCUCAAUUUAAUCCUGCACAUGAAAGUUAAAUAGGUUUAUAAACUUUUGUUUUACUGCCUAGGAAAUUUACCUCAAUUGCUGAUUUUCAGAUGCUACACCAUGAGGUCUGUUCAUACUGACAGUAUAAAAUAUGCCUACGGUAAUAUUUGAAGAAUUGUUUUGGAUUAUUAAGCAGCAAAAUGUCAUGACUUUAGCAUAACUCAAUUGGCCUGAAGAAUCAGUAGGCCCAUUUCCACUUUCCAUAGGAAAACCAAAUGGCAAUUCAACUCCGCUGACUGUGUCUGUUUCAUGACAGAAAUUUAUACCAAUACUUCACUUUCAAUAAGUUGGAAUGUAAAUGUUGUCGUUCUUAUAAUUUUGAAUUUGCUGUGAAAAUAGCUUUUAUAUGCUCAUUUAGGCAAUGACAUCUUGCUGGCAAUUUUCUCCUUCCACCCCAUUAAAUAUUAGGAGUUUUCAAUUCCAUGCAACUUUCCUCAUCAAGAGUAAUGACUGAGGUUCUGCUUCCAGUCCAUCACAAAUCCACAAAGCAGCUAGAAAAUACACAAAUAUCAGCUGCUGUGAUAGAUCACUGAGUUCCCUACCUAAGCUGUGGAUCAGAUCUCUUGUCCUAACAAUGUGCUGUGCGCACCGUAUUGUUUUGUUUAACUAUUCAGUCUUGUCAUUAAGAAAUUCAGAUGAAAAUUGGACAUCCAUAAAAAUGGUAACUAGAUUUCUAAUAAUUGCUAAGUAUUUUGCACUGUAACAUUGAACCAAAGGACUUUUUUAAAAAAAAAUCAGUUCUACACAUUUUAGAUUUCACCUGCUCUGAAAUCAUGCACAAGUAAGGAUUUCAUGUGACUUCUCAAAAUAAUACCAGCUGAAAACAUAAUUGUUAUCUCAACUGCAGAUGAAAAUGAUCAAAAAUUUGUAAAACAAUCAAGUGUUUAAAACAGUUUGUGUAUGCUUUAAUAAUUGCAAGAUUGUAUGAUAUAGGCAGGAAAUCCUGUCAUAUUUAAAAAUGCACAGGCAUCUUUGAUUUUAAGCAUGCCUCUUGGCUGCUUAUCUUUUUGAUAUUUUCUUUUUGAAAUGAGAUUUCUAAAUUCACUGUUUCAAAUUGGCUAAGUAGAAAUACUCAGCACCUCUGGAAAUUCUACACACCGGUUCAAUCUGAACAAGGUUGUAAUUAAGCAUUAAGGUGUGGAAGUUAACUUGUGGAUGAAAAUCUAUGUAAUAAAUCUGCCUUUCUAUUAAAUUAAUGACAAGGAAUUUAAAUGUCGUUAAAUACUAGCAAUAGCAGACAAACCGGUUACCAUCCUUUUUGGAUCCUCUAUAAAAUGUUCUCAUCAACAUUUUCAAGCAAUUAUUGUUGAAUAGUAUUAUUUGUAUUUGUUUUUAAAUAUUUCUGAUCUGGUUUAUUUUUUGUCAUUAUCAUCAGAUUAGACAAUCUCUGCACUUUAAUUUGAUUUUGUUCAACUUCGAGUAGUUUUGUAUGUUCAAACAGUUCAAAACUUCAUAUGCAUUUUAAAAUAAUGUGCAAGGCACUAUCCAGUUUUAACCUAACUUCAAUUAAUGUUAACAGUGCUGUAUUAUGAGAAAAUUGCAUUGGACAAAUCUUCAUUUGUGACAUGUAACUUUUAAACCAAAUAUUAGCAAAUUCCAAAUGUUAUACUGAAAGUUAGUCUUCUAUGGACCGGAAUGUUGAUGCGAUUAGCAGUUUGUUUGGAUUGGUAAAAGUCAUACGAUUUAAUUCAUUGAAUGUUUUGACUUUAUUGAGCACUUUUUAAAUAACCAUUUGCUGUCCUUAAGACCAGGCUUUUUUUGUACAUGUAUAAGUUAGUGAUUGCUGUGUUACAUUAGCACAACAUUUCCCAUAAAUUCUAUGUUGUGAUGUGUUUAUUAUGCUGCGACAUGUCAAAGCUAGUUUGCUUCCAAGCAUAGCUUCAGCUAUGACCAGAUGUGCGUAGAUGAUGUUUGUUGGCAGUUAUGUAAAUCUUAGAAAUGUGGAGUAUGGUAUUUUCAGAAUGAACUCCAUGUGAAACAUCUUUUUUUUUUGUCUGCAGUAAUUUGGCUACUGUGUACAGUUCUGUCUUUAUCAGCCUUCAGAUUUUUUUUAAAAUGUGAAAUGUAUGGUGCACAUGUGUAAGGGCAAAAUAAAUAUCUUCACUGUUAAAUGCUUUUGUUUAUUUAUCUCAAACCAAUAAAAAUGUAGAUAUUUAUGGAGAUAAUGCA